AAAGUGAUACUCUUGUUGGACGCGUCGCGCUAUCUGCACUGCCAACUUCUUGCCUGUGGGUUGCAGUCCUGAUCAAGGCCGCCUGCCGCCUGCCAAAGCUUGAGGGCGUGAGGGCCAGGCGACUCGCGAGCCAGGCAUGAUUUGAUAUCUGCCUGCGAGUGGCCAUCCGUACUCCGUACACUAUGACUGAGCCGAAGUUAACAUGCUUUAAACUUGCUUCUUCCCGACCCUCGUCACAGUUUCUGUCGAGUCCAGGCCAUGGCCGUGUUCGGAUGGCCGAGCAACUGCGUCAUUGACUGCAGCGGCUCCUGGUGGUGCUAGCAGUCCUGAAUUGAUGGAUCUCUAAAUCAAAACAACGUGCCGCUCAGGAAGAUGAAACAAUUUGUGGAUGGAUGGCCGGCGUAGUCUGCGUUUUUGUUUUUUUCAUCCUUCUUGUUCGCGGCGGCCGGUAGUGGCGUGCUGGGCAAUGUACCUGGUACAGACUUGGCACCAUUUGCGAUGGCUUUUUCUCUGGGAUGGAUCAUGGAGGCGAUCAACGAUGGGGAUUCGAUGCCAGCUGAGCAAGGCCUCGAUGAUUCGAGCAGGAGCUUUUGGACAGCGGGUUGUUGGCGGCACCCAUCGGUACCAAUACGGACUGGGUGUGUGAACAAAAGAAGGUCGGACCGCAGAUUGAUUGCCAGAAGAAGCCUGGCUCGGGACGGUGGGAGUUGAUUGGUGGCGGAAGGAGGGCCAAUUGUGGAUUGGUAGUCCUUGAGUUGUGACACUUUUGCGAGAGAGAGAGAGAGGAAGUCCCGGCUGGGGCCUCACUGGGUCUUAGGCGCUAUCAACGCAGUAGAUUGGUGGUGGGUGGUCACUGGUGAGUGUUGUUUACUAUCGUCUGCGAGUGGGAGGUGGUCUUGGUGGUUCAGGCUUUCCAGCAGCCGCGGCGGCGCAAAGUCUCAGAGUCUUGCCAGUGGAUAC